CAUCAAACCACAUGGCGGUCACCGAAGAGUCAACGAGCAGAAACAAAAUUCCGUUUUAUGAAGCAAGCACGCAGUUCAAAAAUUGGAGAUACUCUUCCAAAGGACUGGAAGGUAUCCGCUCGUCGCUCAAUGCAGCCGCAGUUGCUGUGAUUCGCAACACUUUCGAGUCCGAUGAGCCAGGAUCUUCCGCGGCUGUCUCUUUCCUCGUGCCUGAAGAAGAACUUGUCCUCGUUCGACUAUACAUAUCCAAGAUUCCCCAGAUAUGCGCCUUUUUCCGCUUUCCAGAGGAAGUCGAGGCCACAGCGAUUAGCUAUUUGAAGCGGUUCUACCUCAAGAACACGGUCAUGGAUUGGCAUCCGAAAAACGUCAUGCUAACCGCCUUAUUUCUGGCGACAAAAACUACGAACAAUCCAAUACCGCUCGAAGCAUUCACCUCGAAGAUACCGAAAACUUCACCCUCAGACGUGCUUGAUCUGGAAUUCCUGGUGGCGCAGAGCUUGGGCUUCGAGUUCGCCGUGUGGCAUGCUCAUCGGGCGAUGUGGGGCAUAUGGUUAGAUCUACAGACACUUCCUGAUGCUCCCGCUGACCGGGCAACGUCCGAGGAACCAAAAUACAUCGGAGCGCUGGAACAAAUCCGUCUAUCCAGGCUAUCAGACGCUGAACUCAUGUUUACGCCUGCACAGAUAGCAUUGGCAGCUAUGUCGGUAGUUUCUCCCGAACUUGCUUCUGAAUGGGUCGCCGUUAAACUCUCGCACGAUCCGUCUGCUGCAGAUGCGCUGCACGGCGUUCUCGACGCCAUUCGAAAACUGAUACACGCGGCUUCAGAACCACUAAACGUGGAAACCUUACGAGCUAUCGAUCUGCGGCUCAAGUUGUGCAAGAAUCCGGAGAAGGUCGUGGGUAGCAAAGCAUACCUCGCUCGUAAAGCAGAGGAUGAGAGAAAAGCGGAGGAAAAACGGAUACGGAAAGCUGCAGAGGUGCAACAGGCAAUGGACGGCGACGAAGAUCCAUUUGGGACAGAGUUGGCCGGACGGCUCAGUGUCGACGAUGACGACGACGAUUAAUCAGAUAUUAUAGUGGUCGAACAACAUUGCGGGGAUUGUAGCAUCUAGAGGAUCUCGACGAGGAGUGCUAUCUUUCCUUCAAGUGGGACGCUUGAGAGAAGUUACCUAGCGCGAAAUUGCUUUAGGCUACACAUUGACCUCAACAAAUCAUUGGUCCAAUUUGUGAGGCUUCGAUAGAGCCGGCUUCAGGCAAGACAAAGAGCGGCGAAAUCUUAUGACACGUUCCAGAGUUAAAAACCUGGCGCAAUUGAGAUGGGACGACCAGAUGAACGAAGUAGGGCGACGAACAACAAUCACAGUCGAAGGGACAGAGGGGGGUGUCUGCGAGAAACUUGUAAGGAAACGAAGGGGAGACAAACGGGACGCUACCUCCACCCUCGUCUUUGAUACCAAGCUCAUCCUCUUUAUAGAUCGUCCACCCUUCUUCCGUUUUCCGUUCUGGAAGAUGUUAGCGGACGACCGAUGAGUUGGGCUGAACGCCGAACUCGGUCCACUUCCUCGAGAAUCCGUGAACUUGUUUUCUUCCUCUUUGCCAAUCACAGGAGCAGGUGGAUACUUGGCUAAUUUGAUCUUUUUCUGCGCAGGGACGGGACGAGAAGAGGUAUCAACAACAGUCUCAGGAGCAGCACGUUUUUUAGACGAGGACGAGCUCUUGGACGCGUUUUCAAUUUCGUCCUUGACUGGCUCUUUCACUUUUCCUUUCUUGCUCUUCUUCUUCUUGGGUUGAUCAACGGGAGGUGCAGCGGAAGUGGAUGCGAGAGGACGUUUGGCAAAUAUAUCGUCGAUUUCUGACAUGAUGGUGCUGGUAAAGCAAAAAAAAGAUAAGUCACAUGUUGUCACACAGGCCUUUUUAUACGGCAGGCACAAUAUAACGAACCCCGUCGAGCACUGUGAACGCCUUCAGGAUACAAAAGUUGUCGUUAGCGGAGAUAAAGAGGAGAUUGAAGGCGUAAAUAGGGAGGGGAUUUGGUGAUGUUGAGUCUGAUCACGACACGAGGGCGUCGAGGAUCUCUUUUUCCGUCUGCUCUACAGAACCGCGGAGAUUUAAACGGAGAAUAUCCUUAUCCAAUAGUACACAUCGCGCCACGCGAGCGCGGCAUCAGCGUUCCACGAUUCGACAUCCCAACGUUCGACUAUUUUUUUACGCCUCCCCAAGGCCCCUCGUCAAAUGAACCCGUUUGAUUUCACGCUCAAUGCGCAAGCGGCAAAACAGAUGUCCGCUAUGCUUGCCGUAAAUCAAGCAAGGACUCGUGGCAGUUCCCUGAGCGGAACAAGUUCGGGAAUUGGAUUUGAUUCAACCCCAGGCACGGGCAUGAACGCUACAUUCAACGAAUCUGGUAUGGCCCAGUCAAACGCGGCUGCACGUAUGCAAUCGGCGGGGCCGGUGGCCAAGCAACGCCAAUUCUUGUCGAACCUCGCGCGCCUUAUGGUGACUCGCAAUACGCCAUUGCCACCAAACCUGACCGGCAUUGAGACCCCAACCUUCGACUCUAACAACACGGUGUGGAAGUUCUUGGACGUGGUGGACGUCGGAGUCGUGAGGCUAGCGGGAAGGGAAGUGGAUAUUCCGAGGUUGUGGGGUAUCAUUGUGCAAGCUGGUGGUGGGCAGAGUGUUUCUGAAAAGAACAGCUGGCAUCUCGUUCUCCCACAUUUCGAUCUUCCAGAAGAGUUUCCGUUCCCAAAUGGCACGACUUCUGUCGCCCAAAUGAUGGCGCAGUACUACAAGCUUAUACUAUUUCCCGUCGAAGAUAUGUUCCGGGCCAACCUUCAGAACCAGCAGCGCAAAGCGCAAAGCACACGUCAAGCAAGUGGCUCGAAUGCACCUGCAAGUGCGACCUCGCCACAAAGGACCGGCCCUCCCCUGGACCCUCAGACUGCGGUGCGCCGCCUCUCUUCUGCCAGUCAAGCAAGCACUCCGAAUGCCGAGAAGGAUCCGAACGGAUAUGCACCGGAUGGAGGGGAACUGGACGCCGGUCCUAAGCGGAAGCACGACUCGGAAGAACCGGAUAGCAAACGAGUGAGACAGAAGACUGAACCAGCGGACACCCCGUUGAACGCAGCUGAAACAGUAUCCUCUGCGACCAGCACUGGCUCGAGCAUGCCCGCACCAGCGCGACCACGCCAGCGACCUUCGAGGCGCAAGAUUGAAUACGUUCCUUGGGCGCGAGAAGUUGAUACCGUCGGUGGUAGAGACCUCAAAGCUCUCGAAACGGAGAACGCGGCUUUGCAAACGCGACGACCCAUUCGAGACAUCAACGAUUGGGGUACCGUUGCAGUGGACGCUCUCGUGAUGUCCAUACGGUCAAGAAUAUCCACGGAACUCUCUUAUGCGUUAACGACGUUCACCCUUUUGUCGACAAUGCACGGAAGCACUCCCACUUCAGGAUUUAUGAUUGCCCAGUCCACAGAACUACUCGAGGAGAUCUUGGAUCUUCUGGAAGAUCAAGCAUUUACGGAGACACCCGACCCAGCACUCGAGGUUUUAGCAGAGCCGACACACCGAGAGCUGGUGAACAUGGUGGUGGAAACCGAGAGUGAACCAUUUGCAUGUCUCGUGGCGAAACAGGGCUCCAAAGACCCCAAUAUUGGUCCGCGCCAGCGUCCUGGAGCAAUCAUUCUCACCAUCACGAAUAUCCUGAAGAAUCUCUCUUACUUCCCCGACAAUGCUACGUUCCUUAGCAGGCAAGAGCGCAUGCUGGAUCUCAUGCUCAGACUGUGUUCUCUUGUCGUCAGACAGGGUCAGUCGCUGCUGCGUCCCCUGUUCUGUCUAUUGCCGAUGUCGUGACUGUCCGGAAGGACACCUUGUUCACACUGAUGCAUCUCUCUGCGUCGAUUCAUUUCACGGAGUCGCCCACCUCCAUCGAUAUGGCAGAGCGCACCUUCCGCGUGCUUUCGUCAUUCCUCACUGAUCCUAUCGAUGCCAUCUCCCCUUCAUCAUUCAUCCACCUCACAGGACAUACCAAACCCGCGCUUCUGGUCGAUGUCGCACUCGAUACGUUCUCACGCAUCGUGCAGUCGGAUGGGAACCGAAAGGUCGUUGGCAAAGCUGUGGCUGGCACCAAAGUUCUUCAGCUGUUCUCGAGUCUCGUGCAUCGACUGCCGGUAGUCGACGAAGACUUCCUGACUCUGUCCCGGGAGCAGUGGCUCAGCUACAUCGAGCGAAUAGUCAUGCUCAUCUACUCUCUUGCUUUUCUGGCAUCGCCCGACGUCAAGCGCAGCAUCAAAGAGGACCGCACCUUGGCUCUGCAAGGCGUGCUGUUGCGCAUGUUGCAAAAGUUUGGGGCCACCGACAACCUGGAAUACAGAGGACAACUAUUCAUCUUUGCACGUCGAGCGACGGAGACUCUCAAACUAUUGGAUGACUGCGAAGAUUCUUUCGAUACUUCCGAGACACCAGGAGUUGCUCCGCUUUCCUUCGGGAUGGGCUUCGGGGAAUCCGGGGAUAGUGGAAUGGAGAGAGGUACGGGCUGGCUGGGCCCUCAUCGCCAAGACACGUGGAAGCUUCUGCAAUUGCGCGAAGUCCAGGGAGAUGCAGUCAUGUUCUCAGAGCUCGAGAGUUUGACUAGGGUUGAAUGGGGCUAGUGCAUAAUCGAUUGCGACACAUCUCACGUGUGCCGGAGACCCAUGCUGUGUACUUACGAGUAGCGAUGUAUAUCAUCAAUGUGUAACUUGACCGCCUAACCAUAUGUAAUCCAUUGGUUCUCUUUUCAUCACCACGUCCACACCGUCCACAUGGCUGAAUUGCCGCCUCCCAACUAUUCUCCAGAGGAUGAACGCGCUUCAGAAACCAGUUCAUUGUCGGACGCGUCCACCGUGGAUCCCCAACUGCUGAUUAUCUCGAGUUCGGAUGCAAUCAAUUUCCAGAAGGGGUACUUGGGUGCCGAGGGGGAGCGCGCUGCCAUUGAAGGUGAAAUUCAGAUGAAAGGCGUUGAAUCAGGGCGAUGGGCCAAAGUAUCCAUCUCACUACGCACUGUGGAAGCCGCAAACACGCGGACGAACGAGCAAAUCGAGCUCAGCUUCUCUCAAGUGGUACUUUGGACUGCGAACGACACCGCGAUGAUGCCCUCUUCAUUUCUAUUCGCUAUCCCGUUGAUGGCAGAUACUCCGCAAUGUCUUAGGACACCAUACUCUUCUAUCUCCCAUACAUUAACAGCGACGUUGCAUCCAUUGGAUUCGUCUUUGCCCAUAUCUAAUAGCCUCGACGUUCAUACCAGACGCUAUACUGCCCAUAAUCACUCUCUCAUUGCCUCUCCCGAAACACAUUCUAUCGACCAGCCCACUCGGAUCGAGGUUGAAGUGCCCCGAGUGACCUUCAAGGUUGGCGAGGUGAUACCUGUCUACGUUACUAUUCCAACUCCAGCUCCGGAUCUUGUCGUUGAACAAGAAGAAGGUUCUUCGUCGGUUGGCACAUCCUUUGCUUCUAGCGAAUCCUCGUCGAGUUCUCCUCAACCGGAACCUUCCUCGUCCAAAGUUCAGAUACCGGCCAGGACGGGUGUCCCGUAUACCACCAUCUUGGCUCGAUCCGGUGCCUCUUGUCGAUUCCAUUCGUCGCGACCGGUGCAACUGCGCUUUACACUGCAUCCGCCGCCGUUUACACUAUCAGCGGCGAUGGACGGCGAGUACGCUUAUGCGGAUGCCGAUGCAGAGUGCGCAUCGAUCUCUCAGCGGACCGUGUUACAUGCAGUCUCCUUCAAGGCCAAUGUGCACGUGUCCUUCGUGGACAUCAGCACACGUACGGAACGCAUUUCCACGAUAACCAUUCCAAUCGUGAUUCUCCCGCCGUCGGCGCCAUUACCUCAAGUCGCCCCUUCUGUCGAUGCUGCCUACAGCAAAAAACACGAUCAGCCUCCGAGUCGGACUGUCCGAGCAGAAGAUUCGGAUGCUCCCCGGUACCAAGCCGGAGAGGCUGGACCCAGUGCGCCCCCACCUUUCGAAGAAAGAGAUGCUCCACCGCCGUUUUUCUUGGCGGACACCGUGGCUUCGUCGUCAAGACUUCCGACCUUCCUGGAAUCAGAGUCGGAAAUCAUCAUCCCUUCACAGUCUCAAUCGCAGCAAGAGCAAGACCCGGGCCCUGCCCGCAUCGAAGGGGAGGGCAUUGACUUCGGAUUUCCACCGUCGGAGCAUUUCGAUGGCCACGCGGAAGAUUUGGAACGUGCGACAACACCGCCGCCCAGCAUGGAGAUGGCUAGCCUUGACACAGAUGUGACCCAGCUGGCGACCAUCCGCGAACCAGAAAUGUUGGGUCUUGUCCUCGAGCAACGACACGAAUCGCUCGAAGAGCCGCCACCCCCUCCACCCGCGCUGGAUGACCCGUCUGACCCGCCGCCGUCGAUCUACUCAUCUGAUUUCCGCUCACCGGAUCCCAUCCGCGAGACGUCUUCCCGGCCGGCAGCGAGCGAAAGUCACGCACCUCCGCCGUACCUCGUCCCGGUCGUAGAAGAACACGUGACAAGGCCGCCGCCCUACGUCGAUUGA